ACAGUCAGAAAAUGUACAUGUACAAAAUCUGAAGCCGAUCUAAAUAAAACGCAGGUCUCAUUACUACACCUGUAUCUCUCCUACUCAUUCUAAUAGCAAUGUCUGCUGGGAAAUGAAGGCCUGCUUCAUACAGUCCAGCCUGAUAAGCUGGUUCUGGAAAUGAAGAGACGUCAGCUCUUGGCUACAAUAGGAAGGACAAUAAUAUCUACACCAAGGUAACUCAGACGACAGUGUUGCUGAGAAUGCCAACUGUAACAUAAAAAAAACAGAGCUUAAAUUAUUCAAGCUAAUGCUAAAAGCAGGCAUUAGGCUAAUUGAUCUUUCUGCAUGUUUCCAGGCCUUGUGCAGUUUAUAUUUAAGAGCUCUGGAAGAAUUUGACUAUUUUCCUUGUUGAUGUUAUUUAUUUCUUGCAUGUUUAGAAUGAAAUGUGGAAUUUACUUGGAUUUGCUUGUCAAAAUUACAAAAGAGAACACCUAAAAACAAAAUAUAUGCCAAAAAUGCCCAGAUAGCUUUUUUAUUUUUUAACUGGGAAAUCAAUAGUCUAAAGUUUUGUUUCAGUGAACUGAUGUGACCAGACCACACCCACUGUGCACCAAAAGUUGGCUCUGAGACUCACUUUUUUGGUAGAUCUGCUUCCUUGGCAGAGAUGAGCUCUAAAGUGUUUGUAGCUCCUUAUUUGUAGCUUUCAUCUUGCGUUGGAAGAGUCUACCUACACCCCUGGAUUUACCAUUUACAGAUUAACUACAUAGCUGAGAUAUGUCAGCAUGCCGCAUCCUCACUUCACUGCCAGAGGAACAUUUCCGCUGUUCGCUCUGUCUGGACCUCUUCACCGAACCCGUCACCACAACAUGCGGUCAUAACUUCUGCAGGACCUGCCUCAGCCAGCGAUGGAGCGACGGCGACUGCUACCAGUGUCCAAAGUGUAACAAAAGAUUCCCCGUGAAGCCAGAGUUCUCCACAAACGAAGUCAUGGAGGAAAUGUCGGUCCAAUUAAAGAGACGGAAAACCGAGGCACUCGAAAGCGAAAACGCACCGUGGCAGGUGAAGUGCGACGUGUGCGCGGAUUUGAGGCUCAAGGCGUCCAAGUCGUGCCUGGUGUGUCUGGCGUCGUACUGUGACGGACACCUGGAGCCUCACCGGAGGGUCCCCGCCCUGAUGAGACACAAGCUGGUGGAGCCGCUGGAGAACCUGGAGGAGAGGGUUUGUGAGAAGCACGCCAGGAUCCUGGAGUUUUUCUGCAGACGGGAACAAGCGUGCGUCUGUCUGCUGUGCUGCGAAGCAGAACACAGAGACCACGAGACGGUACCUGUUGAAGAGGAGGGGGCUCUGCAGAAAGAAAACCUUGAAUCCAAACGAGCAAAAAUCAAACUCAUGAUCGAUGAAAGAAUGAAAAAGCGAGAGGAAUUUACCUUGUCAUCAGAAAUGAGAAAAGUGAACGCAGACAAACAAACUGAGGACGGUGAGAAGCUAUUCAGUAACCUGGUGGGCAGAGUGCAAGAGAUUCGAAGCAAACUGCAGUCAAACAUUGAGAAAAAAUUGAGAAAAUCCAAGGAAAAAGUAAAGUUGAUGAUUGAGGAGCUAGAAGAAGAGGUGGCAGCUCUGCAAAGGCAACACUUGCAACUAGAAGAACUGUUACAAAGUGAAGACCACUUUCGACUUCUACGGACUUUGCAGACUCUGAACACCAUGUCUGAGAUGAAGGACUGGUCCAAGACCAAGGUUUACCCAGACGUCUGCGUCCAAACAGUGAGGAGAGCCAUGGAUCACCUUAUGACCAGUUUUCAAACCGAACUGAAAACGCUGACAACCAUCGAACUGACCAGAAUCAGACAAUACAAAGAAUCUGUCACUUUUGAUGACUCCACUGCCGGCCCCGGUCUUAGAGUAUUAGAGUACGGGCAACGUAUGAAGUUCUCCAAAGAAGCCAGGUCACCAUCUUAUGAGUUGGAAAGGUUUGACUUACCCAUGGUUUUUGGGAAGAUUGGCUUCACCUCCGGUCGGCACUACUGGGAGGUCCAGGUGGGCCUGAGAAACGACUGGCAUGUCGGCGUUGCCCUGGAAAUGGUGGACAGAUCAGAUGAUGUAAUCGUGAAAAAAGAAAAUGGGUUCUUUUCCAUGGGAAAGUCUGGCUUUCAUUACUAUGUUCAUUGCUCACCACAGAGAGUUCUUCAUCUCUGUACCAGGCCGAGGAACAUGGGGAUUUAUCUGGACUACGAGGAAGGCCGGGUGUCCUUCUACGACCUUGAUGAGAGGUUCCACAUUCACUCUUACGUAGGAGAACGCUUCACAGGGAAGGUUUUUCCUUAUUUCUACCUGCACAGCAAAUUAAAGAAAUCUGAGGCGUUAGUUACUAAUCCCUACUUGUCCUCAUUCAGUCUUUCACGAUCCAGUUAAAGAGGCUAUCGCAUGGGGAAACUACGUAGAUCACUGAAACAAAAUAUCUCCAUCAUUCCUGCUGUUCAAUUCACCUUCUGGUCCAUUUUCUUUUUGUCCUACAUUUAUGUCACUUCAGCUGUUGAAUUGACUUUCCUGCGGCUCCAUCAGACAAGUAAUAGUAGAGUUCAUACAUGUAGACAAAUGUCCUAAAAUGUAAAUCUGCACCAAUCAUCUUUUUCUGACUUUGUGUAAACUUGGAAAACAGUUUAUGCACAAAUUGUUUGUAAAUAAACUAAUAGCCUUUUUUUCCCAUUUGAUGCUUGCACAUAGCAUCAAACUUACCCCCUGCUGGGAAGAAAAUGGUAAAUUUUAUUUUAUUUUUUUAUUCUGCAUGGGUCCUCAUACAAUUUUUGGUUAACUCUAAUGAAAUUAUGAUUUAUUCCUUGUAAGACAUGUUUAUCUAAAGUAGGGCUUUACAAUUUUUGGAAAACAUUUUGAUUUCAUUGCAUUAGUCACCAGUUUCAGGACACUUUUCUUUGGGUAUCAUUGCUCACCAAUCGGUGUAAGGACAUACAACUGGUUUGGAGGAGGGGGGCAGUAGAAACCAUUUAUCUGGCCAAAUGACAUGCUACUAAAUAUUGAUUCCAAGUAGUCGUUUACGAUUGACUGGUAUUGAAAUGAUCAUUUCUGUACAGCUCUGAUCUAAAACAUUAUAUACUAGUGAAACAUGUCAAUUGUGGUUUUAACACUCUUGAUAAGAAACACACCGAGACAAAAGUGCUUCUUUUUUGCUAAUAGGAAGCUUCUAUAUAGCCUUGAAAGCUGGUCUACUGCCACUUACGUCAGUUAUGUUGGUGUGGACUUCAAUGAUUCUCAAACUUUAAGGUCAAAGGUCCAAAUGUGAUUUCCAGAUGAGGUCAAAGGUCUUGAACUGUGUUGUACUGAGCAAACACCUUUUAUCACAUUUCCUUACAAUUUACAAGCAAAAGAAAAGUCAGUUUAGAGAGACUGGAAAUGUUUGUAACCAUAAUUUGUUCUAAUUCUUGAUAGUAAACAGUAAAUCUUUAUUUUAUUAAAAAUUUGAUGAAAUAUUGUAACAUCAAAGGAAUUGAGGUAGAAAUUACAAAUACCAGAGACAGGAUAUAUUGAUGGGGAAAAAACAGCUUUACAAAACAAUCCAAACUCUAAUUUUGUAAAAAAAUAAAAAAAGAAGACAACUGCUGCAAAUGUUUGAAUUCUGUUAUUGAAUGCUAAAAAAAAGACUUUAAUUAUAUUUUUCUGCCACCUUUUUAAUAUAAUAUCUGUGAAAAUACUUAGAUUGUUGAAUGGUUUGAGAGAUGCCCAUUUCAGUCCCAGCAAAGGAACAACUUUGUGGUUAAAAUAAAAUAAUUUUCUGCCAAAGGUAUGCGUCACAACCUUUGGGUGUUUGCAUUUUGUGGUUUUAACUCGUUUUAUUUUUUACUACUCUGGGAAAACGUUUACAAUAUUUGUGUUUUGUCCCUUUUUAUUCAUAAAAUAUUUUAUACAAAAAUUAUUUAUGAAAACUCGCAUCAAAGUGGAGAUUUGAGAAAACGAAAUUUUUGUGUUUUCAGUGUCGAGAUGGGAAAACGAAGAAUUGGUGUUCCACGCAUCAGAGUCUGCGACAAAUUAUGCGCCAAUACAUACACAUACUUACUUUGACAGGACUCCUAAACGACUUCGUCUUGUAUUUUAUCAACUUCGUAUUAAAAUACUAGAUGUAAAAGUAGCUCAACUUCUCUGUCUGUCCACACCUGUCCUCACAAACUGGCGCCAUGUUUAAUUCCUAACAGGAAGCGGUAUUGAAGCAGUCUGAUUGGCUGGGAUAUGUUUGAGCUUUGCUCUACACUGCCCCCUAAGGGUUCGGCGUAUUUUAAACAGCUUUCAGUGAUUGCUAUGUGUGGGUUUAUGUGGGUGAAAACUUUCCUGAAACCAAUCCCGUGUAUCCUAUGUUGUCUUUUUUUUCGUUGUUGUUGUUGUAUUUUUAACAAUGUGGUGGAGAUAUUUGUUUUGAUAAAGACCUGACUACAUGUG